GUUUGCGGACUAUUUAUUUAUUAAUGAGGUAAGGAGAACUCUUCAAUAAACAAUUCUCUCUUCAUUUUUACGCGGAAUAUUUUCUUCGUGUGGAUUCUCUGGCUGUCGAGGUUUAUUAUUAUCAGGGACUGGAUGAAGGGAGUGAGUUGCUGCUGAGUUCUGAUUCGGAAGACAAUACGGGAUCAAAAGACGAGUUGAAAUUUUCAAUUUACUAUUAAAACAAGGACAACAUGAAACGAUCGCUUGAGCUGUUCAUUAUUCAUCUCUUGUUUGCGAUUGUUCUCUUCACUUCAACCGCCAUGAGCAACCCGCAAUGCCCCCCAGGAUUCACUGGUUACCUGGAGUACCCGGACAACUGCUACAAGUUUUUGCAGUGCGAUCGUGGAAGUACUUUCGUGAUUAAUUGCGGUCCCGGUACAGCUUUCAAUCCCUGGACAAACGUCUGUGAUUGGCCAGAAAACGUGCCAUCCUGCUACGUGGACGGAGAAGGGACCAUCGACAUUCGUUAAUCGAGUUCUCGCAGUACAAAACAAUUUAUUAAUAAAGUAUCAAUCACACAUUGCAUUUGUUAUAAAAUGUUAUUUAACAAAAUUAAAUGUAAAGAGAUUAUUCAUACGAAAUGUCCUGUGGCGAGCGAUUCUUUGUUCUUUUAAAAAUGUUUACCGUUUUUUUUUUUGUGAACAAGUGGAACGGAAUUUUUUCGACAAUAUCUCGGUGUUUUAUUUCAUAAUCUUGGAGAUUACGUUGUUUAAAUAAAGGGAAUUUAUUUAAAUUUCAA